AUGGUCUCCCCUUCACCGCCGUCAUCGGAACCAAACCAUGAUGCCGAGAAACAGACUCCGCAGGUGACUGCCGUCCCCGGCAGCAAGGUGGAGAAAGACGGGAAAGAUGCAGAAAACAGCGGGGAAGCGGAGGAGCCUGCGUUUUUCUUGUCGCUGUCGUCCUCCUCCGAGGAUGACGGGGCCGAUGAGCCACGCGGCGGCGCCGCGGGUCCGAGGGCCGAACCGGAAUCCGGAGGUGUGGACCGAGUCUUGAGUCGGGCGACUACAGCGUCUAGCGUCGGCGAAGGACCGCCGCCUGAUGGAGGCGUAAAGGCUUGGCUUGCUAUCUUCGGCACCCAUCUCGUCAUCAUGAAUACAUGGGGCAUCGUGAACUCAUACGGCGUCUUUCAACCCUACUACACCACUACUCUCUCCCGCCCACCAUCCGAUAUCGCCUGGAUCGGCUCCUUCGAGGUGUUCCUCCUCUUCUUCAUCGGCGCGUUCACUGGCCGGCUCACUGACGCUGGCUAUUUCCGUCCCCUGUUCAUUGCGGGCUUCAUCCUUGUAGUCUUAGGGAUGGUCACGACCUCCUUCUGCACACAGUACUGGCAGUUCUUCCUCGCUCAGGGUAUCUGCAUGGGCCUCGGCAAUGGCUUUUUGUUCUGUCCCAGUCUCUCCACGGCAUCGACCUACUUUGACAAGAAGAAGGCUCUUGCCCUAGGAUUUGUGUCGAUUGGUAGCUCGACUGGUGGUAUGAUCUACCCUAGCAUGGUGAGGCAGCUGCUUCCUAAGAUCGGCUUUGGGUGGACUAUUCGGGCGAUCGCGCUGGUGCAGAUGGCGACGUUACUUGUCACGUCUCUCAUCUUGAAACCUAGAAUCAAGCCAAGGAAGGCUGGGAGUCUGGUCGAGUGGGCGGCGUUCAAGGAGUUGGAGUACACUUUCUAUGCCCUUGGAUCAUGGCUGAACUACCUCGGCGUUUUCUUCGCAUCAUAUUACAUCGCCUCGUACUCCCGCGACAUCGUCGGACUCAGCUACACAUCUUCGCUGAACCUCCUACUCCUCCUCAACGGCACCGGCGUGCCCGGGCGACUCAUCCCAGCCUACUUUGCAUCCUACUACAUCGGCACCGUCAACAUGUUUAUCCCCAUGUCGUUCAUCUCCGGCGUCAUGAUGCUCUGCUGGCCGGCCGUGUCCUCCGUCACGGGGCUCUACGUCUGGACGACCUUUUACGGCUUCUUCACGGGGGCGAUCCAGAGUCUCAUGCCCUCGGGCAUCGGCACGCUGACGGCGGACCCGAGGAAGCAGGGGACGCGGAUGGGCAUGACCUUCACGCUCAUCUCGUUUGCGGUGCUCAUCGGACAGCCCAUCGCGGGCGCCAUCAUCUCGGCCGAGGGGGGCAAGUAUACGGGGGCGCAGGCGUACGCCGGGGCGUGUAUGUUGGCGGGAAUGUGUUUCCUCAUCGCGGCGAGGAUGGCGAGGGCGAGGAAGCAUGGCAAGUGGUUGUGGAUCAAGGUUUGA